GUGCGCGCCGGGUUUGAAUCGGCGGCGGUUGGUGCGGCGGCGGCGACAUGGAGGCGGGCGGGCGGAGCCUGGAGGCUCAGCUCCGGAGCUACGUCGGCAGCGACCCGCUGGAGCCGUGGGACAGAUACGCGCGGUGGCUGGAGGGCUGCCUGCCCGCCCCGGAGCGGCGAGCACGGCUGCCCGGCCUCCUGGAGCGGCUGGUGGCGGCGUUCCUGCCGGACGGGAGGUACCGCCGGGACCCUAGGUUCGUCGGCUACUGCCUGAAGCUGGCAGAGUUCAUCACCUCUCCUUGUGAGUAUUUUGACUACCUGUAUGGACAGGGAGUUGGUGCAAAUGCCUCUGCCUUCUAUGUUGCUUGGGCUCAGCAGCUGGUAAAUGAGGGCAACGUGCAGUGUGCGAUAGCUGUCCUUCAAAAAGGACUUCACAACCAGGCACAACCACGAGAGAACUUGGAACAGCUGUACUGCUGGCUGCAGAAUUACAAUCCUCAGAAUCCUCCUCUGCAAGGUGCUGCUGUUAUAAAACCACUUCAAACUUCAUAUGCUGCAAAUCAAAUGUCUCCUCAAAAAUGUGUUACGAAUCUUAAUGACCCAGCAUAUACUUGCAAUAAUCAGGGUCCUGAUUGUGCUGGUACUCAGUCCUGCUCUUCUGGUGAAAGAGAAGUAAAGUACGUGACAUACCUCUCCAAAUCUGAAGUUCUUCCUAAGUCAUCGUCUGCUGCUGUUGAAUGUGAGCAGGUUGCGAUGUAUAAUAAAAACCUGCUCAUAUGUGAAGGCUCUGAACUUUCAUUUGAGGAGCUCAGAGCCAAGCGAUACUUCAAGAAAUACGAGCGCCUCAGAAGACAGAAAGAACGCGGAGAAGAAGAGAGGGAUUCCAUAAGAAGAAAAGAGUCAGCUGUCCUUGAACUGCAAGCCCUGCAGCAGAAGCUGGAACAGCUCACUCAGCUCACCAAAAGUUUGGAGGAAACUAGACUGGAACCAGCAUCUACAACAUCAGCUGAACAAAAUAAGCCGUUGAUAUAUCCACACGUAGCACCCAGCGCAGCUCUGCAGCAGAAAUGGAUGGCACCUUGUCAAAGCUCAGGUCUGCAAACCCUCCAAGGGCUGGUGCCAGACCAGCUUCAGUCAAGCACUUUGUCAUCAAAUGCUCUUACACUGAAGUCCAUGAACCCAGUUGGCCACCAGAUGAAAUCUUCCUUGUUGUUGGAAGCAACGUAUGAAAAGGACACGAUCAAAACUCAGCAAGAACUUGGAGAAGUCCAGAAGAGUUUGUUACACCCUCCAUUCAACAGUGCUCCAGCUCAGGAGCAGGCGCGCCCUGACUCAACUCUUAAUUGGAGCACUGGAGAACAGCACUCGAAAAAGAGAUCCACUGGACUAACUACUUGUGUGGACGUGAAGGAAGCAUCUCGAGUUGGAAAUUCUUCCUUUGCUUCUGGAAAUGCUUCUCAAGCUACACCAAAUACCUCCCUCGGAGGAGCAAUGCAGGCAACGCCAUUCAAAGUGCAACCUUCACCUACGGUUCAUACCAAAGAAGCUUUGGGAUUUCUAAUGGAUGUGUUUCAAACACCCUUCUCACCUGAACCAUCUCUUGAAGAGAGUGAGGAGCAAUUUGAGGUCUUCUGUAGAAAAAGGGAGCCUGAUGGAACCUUGAAAGUUAAGGUUGCUGCCCCUGUCGUGCCUAUGUUUUCUAUCUUUGAAGAUGAGAAUGAAAAAGAGAACAGCAGAAUCCCACAGCGUAAAAAGAAGUCAGAAGAGCCCAGAACUAUUGGACAACGUCCCUUGACUGACUGUACAGAAGAAGAAACAGGGACACCAGAGUUCUUGAGGGAUGAUUAUACGGUGUGGAAUGUACCAUGUAGUAAUAAAACAUUAGCUGCCAGUCCAAACAACACAAGAGACUUUGCACGAGCUGCCCAGCUUGUAUCAACACCAUUUAAUUACCUGUCAGCACAUUCACGACGAGCUUUGGAGGACAAAGCUCCGGGGGAUGACGUGCUGCAAAUGGAUUUGGAGUCUUCUGAAGAACUGCACAGACAGACAAAAACUAAGAAGCUAAGAUGUAGCCCUGCUCUUGAACACAUUGCAGAACAAGGAGAGCAUCAAGGAAAAGCUACAGCUGCUUCUCACAAAUUACGUGAGCAGACUGCCACUAGUAGAGCUGAAUAUUCAUCUGUUGGGGUGGACAAGAAUUCCCACGACAAGCUGUCUGGAACUGAGCAGGACAGGACAGCCAGGACUGGUAGAGCUUCAGUCCUUGUUGAGAACCCAUGGGAUAAGGAAUUGAUUUGCAAAUUCUUAUCAGAGCUUCCUAAACCACUCAAUACCUAUGACAACUAUUUUGAAUGGAAAUCUGCUCUUCCAACCAUCAAACUGAAGGCUGAACUCCCCUUGGGUUCUAGCUCAUUCCAUGUGGACUGCUUGGUUGGAGAAGGAGCUUUUGCUCAAGUCUAUCAGGCUUCCAUUCUGGAUGCCAGUAACCCUAGGAACAAUCAGAAAGUAACAUUCAAGGUCCAGAAGCCUGCCAAUCCUUGGGAGUUCUACAUAGCAACCCAACUGGUAGAAAGACUCGAUCCAAGUAUACGCCAUCUUUACAUCCACUUUUAUUCUGCUCAUUUUUUUCAAAAUGGAAGCAUUUUAGUUGGUGAGCUCUACAACUAUGGAACAUUGCUGAAUGCCAUAAACAUUUACAAAAAACUUCCUGAAAAGGUGAUGCCUCAAGCACUUGUAAUCUAUUUCGCUGUAAAAAUUCUUUAUAUGGUAGAAGAGCUCCACAGCUGCAAAAUCAUCCAUGGUGACAUUAAACCUGAUAACCUCCUACUUGGAGAAAGGUUUCUGGAUAAUGAUACAUGUGACAUAGAUGGCCUCUCUCAUGGCUUGACGCUCAUUGACUUGGGACAGAGUAUAGACAUGACACUCUUUCCUGAAGGAACCACGUUUACUGCAAGGUGCGAAACAUCUGGGUUCCAGUGUAUUGAAAUGCUGACACAGAAGCCGUGGAACUACCAGACAGACUACUUCGGCAUAGCAGCAACGGUCUACUGCAUGCUCUUUGGUACCUACAUGCAAGUGAAGAAUGAAAAUGGUGUCUGGAAGCCUGAAGGUUCCUUCAGAAGGCUUGCCAAUGCUGAACUGUGGAAAGAGUUCUUUGACAGCAUGCUAAACAUACCGAAUUGCCAUAGCCUGCCUCCUUUAGGAGUUUUACGCAAAAGGCUGAAGGACUUAUUUUGCAAGUCAUAUGUAAAGGAAAUAAAGUUCCUUCGGAACAGACUUGUUGUGUUGCUCAUAGAGCACAAACGGUCACGAAAAUAAGCAUUUAGCUUGCAAAGUGAUUGAGAAUUGGAACAUCCUGAAUGUGAAAUCUUUUUGUAAUACCUUGUUUUAAAAAUAAACAUUCUUGGGUUAGCUUCAGGAAUGGUAACUUUCAUCUUUCUGUGGUUUCAUGAAAGAAGUUGCACAGAAAUUUUACUGCAUGGAAACUAAGUGUUAAUUGAACUUGCGUAGUUUCAGUGUGGGAGGCACAGGCAUGCUAGAGACUGUCUAUAGUUGUAAUAAUGUGUAGUGCAUUUUGAGCGGCGGGGAAAAAAGCUGGUGAAAAAGGUUGCGCAGAUGAUGCUUGCAGCCUCACUGUGUAGAGGAUUUAAUCCAGUCAGGUGAAGGGCAGGCUUAAAUGGAGAGUGUAUGUGAGGUGUUCAGGAUGCGUUUUUCCCAAUAAGAAGAAGGGUGAACAGAGCCUUUUGGAAGGAGCAGGUUGUUGGAAACUUGAAUGUAAUUCCAAACUGAGAUCCUACCAUCAUGGAAGAUUCCAGAAUCUCUUCUAGGAGAAGUGAAGACAGCAAUUGGAAGUGAAAUAGCCUACUCUAAAGGCUGCAGGAGGGUGAACUCGUGUGACUUGAUAGACUCCUUGGAAAAAACCCUGGAUGGUAGGUGUAAGGAGGACAAGUCCUUGUUCUCCUAGAAAAGCCACUGAAGCCAUCUGCUAAUAACUAAUGAAUAUGAGGGAACACUCUUUCGAGUCGGUGACAAGAUGAGUGUGCGGAUGAGCAGCAGCGCUCGAGAGUGCUGUUACUGCAAUUCUUUGAGGUUUGUGGCUCAUACAUUCACAACUCUUAUGCUCUACUCUUUCUCUCAGGAACUUCUAGGUUGAAAGAAACUGAGGUUAGCAGAUGAGAUUUAGAUUAGAUAGAACUUAAGUCACACUUGUCACUUUUGUUACAUUUGCUUCUGACCAGUCACAAAAAAUUAUUAGAGACAUGGGCAAAACCAAGAGACAAAUGUCUCCCUGCUGGAACU